AUGCGGUGGCGGAGUCUGCUUAACGAGGUCUUGGAGUUUUCUGCUUUGAAGAAUCCGUAUCUCCCUCGUCGCGUAGGAAGUCUGGUGGCCGAGUCUUAUACAACGGCGAUACCAUCCCUACGCACUCGAAGUUACGACGGCAGCGAGCCCAUGCCGGAGCGCCACGACUACGCUCUUCGCCUCCGUCACCAAAUUCGACACUCCUUCUCCUCGAUCAUACGGCGAACACCGACAAAUUGGCAGAUGAUCACGCUCGAUGCGGGGCGUACGUGUAACAUUCUCCGCGUCUCGGCUGUGACAACGUUCCAGAGGCGAAGACGAGGAGCUCUCGCUGAAAGGACGCUCCUCCACGCAUGGCGGGUGUGUCACCCGCACAACUCCGUCCUCCAAACCAUGGCUCUCGUCAUCCACUCGGAACCUCUAGCAGCAAGGCCGCCGUCACCGUUGCCGUAUGACACUUCGCUGUUCAUGGCCCCGAUCGGAAAGCUGAUCGCCAGCGCCCGCAGAAAGCCUAAGUCUGAAGACGGCCAGGGCGGCGCACCCACCGGGAAUUUGCCCGUGAAGCACGUCGAGCCGAACAGGGUCGGAGAGCAGCUCGAACACGGAUCGCAUCCUGCGCGGGCGUGGUACAAGAGAUGCAAAUGGCUGCUGAUCAUCCCCGUGGGUAUCGUCAUCGCCGUCGCCGCUGCCGCGGGCGGGGUUGUCGGUUCCACGGUCAGCAAGGGCCACCUGAGCAACGCCGUGACGUCCUCGACGAUGGCGAUCUCUGGGGACAGCCAGUCGGCGACGACGCCUGCCUCAUCGGCUACGACGAACGAGAGCGGCGGCACCGGCACGCCCACAGCGUCGGACACAUCAAGCCCGUCGGCCCCGACGCAAGCCUCCCAAAGCACGACCAACCCGAACGGCGGCAGCUUCAUCACGAGCUCGUCAGAUCCGGGUCGCCCCGGCAGGCCCACCGGUGCCAACGCCUCCUCUUUCGGCGCGACGCUCGUCUCAAACGACGCCCUCGCAGACCUAACUGGCCGAAUCGGGAUUGCGAAUCUCACCAGGACCCCAUACUCCCACCGCGCACCUCGGCAGCUCCAGCGCACCUACGUCCUUCAAUGCGCUCGCUGGCCGCCCGUCUACUGUGGCGCGCGCUCGCGGGCCGCGACGAUCUGGGGUCUGCACAGUGCCGCGCGGGACGAGCGCGAGGGCGUGCCCGACGUCGUGCCUGGCGCGCAGAGGAGGGAGAGGUGGGGACGUCACUAG